GUGUGUUGGGGACAGACUGCCAUGGUCUGGGACCCCUGCUGAGGGUGACUGCAGCUGUGGCCCUAAGGAAGAGGGAGGCAAGGGGCGGGAGUGUUCCUGCAGAAGAAAGGCAAGUGCACAGCCCCCAGAAUUCUCUCUCUCCCUGCCUGCACAGAAGAAAGGCCAUAUGAGGACACAGCAAGAAGCUGACCAUCUGCAAGCCAGCAAGAGAGCUCUCGCCAGAAACCAGCCCCGACAGCACCUUGAUUUUGGACUUCUAGCCUCCAGAGCAGACAAGCUCAGCAGGAGCAAGGCCAGGUUGGGGCCACACCUUCCACCCCCAAGAUGUGCAGACUCCCCUGCUUGGAGAAAAGAGGACCCCUGCCCAUCUCCUCUGUCUGCCCCAGGGACCUGGAGACGCAGGCAUCCCUUCCCAGAAGCCCAGGAGGAGGAGGAAGAAGAGGAGGAUAAAUAUGAGCUGCCCCCCAGUGAGGCUGUGCUCCGCCACCUAGCCCCCGCCCACCUUCCUGGCACUGAGGAGGACUCUUUGUACUUGGGUGAGGGCUGGGAAGUUGAGGCAGGGAGGUUGGGUGGUCAGGCAGGACGGGAGGGUCCCCACAAGGGAAGAGGGCCCAGGCCUUGCCUCGUCUCCCUCUGUCUGGCCUGGGGCAGCGAGGGGAGGCCUCAGCUGGCAGUCACUGAGGCCUCUUGGCUGGGCAGAGAGAGAGGGAGGGAGGGAGGGGAGAAGGGAAGGAGGGUGAGUGGGAGGGGAGAGGAGCCUGGAGGGGCAGUGUAACCAAGGCAACAGUGGGAAAGCAGGAGGCCUGACAGGGUCCCAGGGGCCUGGCGUUCCCCCUCUGAGAUCCUAGCACAUCUCGGAGCAAGGGUAGGGAUGCCAGGAGAGCCCCGGCUGCUGCUGGCAUCCCACCCCGACAGCUCCCAGGCUCGGCCAGGUGGGGGCAGGGAAGCUGGCCGCCUCCAGUUGCCAUGGAGAUGGGGCUGUCGGGAAGCCAGAGAGCACAGAGGGGAGUGAGGGAGGGAGGAGGCUGGGUGGGGGGCAGGAGGAAAUCUGGAACCUACGUGGGAGGAGCCCACCGGGUCACAAUGCUCAGGGGUCUU